UCCACCUCCUUCAUUUCAUUUCAUUCCCCAAUGGUUCAGCAGCAAAUCGAAAUCACCGCAACAACAAUGGCGACCACCUCUCGGAAACACCUCUCCUCCAUCGCCAAUAACGUCGUCCAACGCUGUGCUCUAAAAGUCGGCAGUUCGGUGGAAGGAUUGGUGGAGGAGUUUGAGAUUUCCUGGAAACCUGAGACCGGAACAUAUUCGAGGAAGUUCGUGGAGUUUUGUAGCGCUAAGGCUUUGGCAGAUAUGUGUCGGAACUUGGAGGAAGGUAUUUGUAAUGGAUCGUUUAGCCGUUUCAGCUUUGAUAUGAUGCUUGCUUGGGAGACGCCUUCUUCUCAAGAUGAACAGUCUCAUCAGGAGUGUUUGGCGAAGGGGAAAGAAGAGAAGAAGAAAGUCGUAGCAGCCAAUGUGCCUCCGGAGCAGGAUGAGAUUCCUCUUUUCUAUUCGGACAUUAUGCCCAUGCUGGUUAACGACGAUCCAGAUGUUGGAGAAGAUGCAUAUGUGUGGUUAGGGUCUCUAGUUCCAUUAGUUUCGGAUCUUGUCAAUGCAAGAUUCACAUUCGAAACGUUAACAGCUCCAACUGGACACCGGCUUCAUUUCCCGGCGUAUGAUAAAUUUCUCAAGGAAAUUGACAAAUGCAUGAAGCAUCUGCAGAAACAGGCAACGCCAAAGGGUGUAGAACUACGUGAUGAUGAGUUCCUAUUGCACGUGGAGGGCACUGCUAGCUCCCAAAGGGUAGUUCGCCACAUUGGAUCAACAAGUUGGCCUGGAAGGCUUACAUUAACUAAUUACAGCCUCUACUUUGAGGCUUCGGGAGUGAUAACAUAUGAAAAUGCAAUUGAGAUAGAACUCUCAAAGGACACCAUGCACAGUGUGAAACCAGCUUCCACAGGACCUUGGGGUGCACCACUUUUUGACAAGGCAAUAGUCUAUGAAUCCCCUGCCAUAUUAGAGGAAGUUGUGCUGGAGUUUCCAGAGAUGACAAGUUCCACAAGACGUGAUCAUUGGCUAGCAUUAAUAAAGGAGGUCAUACUCUUGCAUCGUUUUUUGCAGAAAUUUAAUGUGGAAAGUCCAACACAAGCAUGGGAGAUGCAUUCAAGAACAAUAUUAGGGAUUAUAAGGCUUCAUGCAGCCAGAGAACUGCUUAGAAUAUCUCCACCAAUUCCUACAAAGUUCUUAAUCUUUUCCUUGUGUGAUGAGUUACCAAAGGGAGACUAUGUGCUAGAAGAACUUGCUGAGAAUCUGAAGUUGCUGAAUAGUGAAGGCCCAUGUAGUGCGACUUCAACCCUGAGACAUUUGAACAUGUCACAAUUAUCUGACUCUCGUGUAGAUGUAACAAAGAAAGUUCAUCGUACUAGUACUGAACUUGGUGAAUCCCAGUCUUCCUUAGAGAAUGCCAUUAAUCAGGCGAGAGAAGAAGAGAAGCAAGUUGCAGUUGCCAAGGCUACUGCUGUAGGACUGAAAGAGGAAGGAAUUGGAGAAAGUGCAUUCAUCUUCUUGGAGCUGCUAAAGCCACUCAAGAAUAGGUUAUCUUGGCUCAAAGAAGUUAUUGAAUGGGAACGACCAGUGGCAACUGUUAUUGUGCUGGCUGUAUCUUUGAUAAUUACAUACAAGGAGUGGUUUGGCAAGGCUGUGGCAGCCUUCUUAUCUUGGGUGGUCAUGGCAAUGCUUCAAGCGAGAAUGGAAAAGAUUCAGGAAAAGUGCAACGAGAUUGUGGUCUGCACUGCCUCUGACCAAACUAUGAUGGAGAGCAUAGUGGCUGCCCAACAGAGUUUGCAAAAUGUGCAUGAGAUUGUGCAGACUGCAAACAUUGCAGUGUUGAAGAUUUGGUCCAUUUUUAUAUCCAAAACUCGCAAGCACGCAGACAUGACAAUGGCAGUAUUGAGUGUCCUAGCAAUAACGCUGGCAUUAGUUCCAACAAAGUACAUAAUAAUGGGAUUGAUAUUAUACGGCUUUUUCACGACCUCAAAACUACGGAAGAACACUGAAGAUAUCAACAGCGGUGGGGACAGACGGCUCAAAGAAUGGUGGGGCUCCAUCCCUGUCAUCCGCGUCCGUGUUGUCGACGAACUUCCUGAGAACAACAGCCCUUCCAAUUAAUAAGGGUAACCCUCCCACUCACACCCUCUCCUUUAAUUUGCAUGCUUUCUUAUAGUUUGGCUAUGCUUUUUCCUUCCUCCUUCAAAAUUUAAAAUUCGUAAUCCCAUGUCUUUUUGUGAAUAUAUGGACAAAGUGAAUCCCCCCUGAGAGAAUAAUGUGACAGUGUGUGGGAUUUGGUUUUUAGGUGCAUUGAGAAAAGUACUGUACACAAUAUUUGGGGGCUUCUUGUUUUUAUUGUGAAACCCUAAAAACCCUUUUUCUUGUUCAAUUUUGGACUAUAUGUCUUAGGUUGAAAAUAUAUAUGUUGAAUGAUAUGAGUAAUAAUAGAUUUCAUUUGGACA